AAGCUUUAGAUAAAGUAGGAUUUAUUCCUGCAACUGUUUCAAAAAUGGGCCAGUUGGCAUGAAUCUGACCCUCUGAAUUACAAACCAGGUGGCCUGAAUCUGACCCUCUGAAUCACAAACCAGGUGGCGUGAAUCUGACCCUCAAUGAUGAAUGACAAACCCUAAAAAAACUUAAGUUUGCAUUCGAUUGGAAGUAAUCGAUGUGUUGAGCAGAGGCUGUGAUGAUGUGUGAAACAAUGGUUUUUUUUCCUUCUCCUGGCAUCGGCCACUUAAUCCCCAUGGUGGAGCUCGGCAAGCUCAUCCUCCGCCACCACCCGUCCUUCUCCAUCACCAUCCUCAUCACCACACCGCCCUUCGAGACCGGCGCCACCGCCCCCUACAUGAGCCGCGUCGCCUCUGAAAUUCAGGCCAUCACCUUCAUUGAGCUCCCUCCUGUCGAGCUCUCGGUGACACAAAUCGACCAUAGCUUGACCUUCAUGUUCGAGUGGCUCCUCCUCUGCAAGCCUGCCGUAGCACAAGCCCUCCAGUCGAUAUCCGAGAAGACUGUGAUUCGCGCCUUUGUCAUGGACAGCUUUUGCAGCACCGCUCUCGAUGUGGCCACUGACCUCGGCGUGCCGGCCUACUUCUUCUAUGCAUCGGCCGCCGCUUUCCUGACCGUGUUCCUCUAUUUCCCAGAGCUUAACAAGCAAAAUCCUGGGAAAUUUCGCGACCUCGCCUGCGACCUUGUGCUCCCGGGCCUACCACCCUUGCCGCCAUCACUCAUUCCAGAGGUGAUGCAGGAUCGAAAUAAAAAGGUCUAUGAGUGGUUCCUCUACCAUUCAGCGAAGGUACCUCAAGGGAAAGGCAUCCUGUUGAACUCAUUCGAAGAGCUCGAGCCCCUCGGAUUGAAAGCCCUGCAGGCCCUCAUGGAUCACACUCAUGGAGGUGUCCCUCGACCUCCGGUCUACUGGAUUGGGCCUCUUGUUGGUGGCGAAGACCGGAGUGGUGGUGACAAUGACACACUACAGUGGCUGGACUCUCAACCGGCGGGCAGUGUAGUCUUCCUCUCCUUCGGCAGCGUGGGGAGGUUCUCCGAGGCACAGAUACGGGAGAUCGCAGUCGGACUCGAAAACAGCGGGCAACGAUUUCUUUGGGUGGUGCGAAGUCCUCCGAGGGAGGACAAUGACAGGACCAAGAGACUCCGGCCCUCAGAGCCUGACCUUGAGGAGCUUUUGCCACAGGGGUUCCUGCAGCGUACAGCCGAUAAAGGCUUGGUGAUGAAGUCAUGGGCCUCGCAGGCGGCGGUGCUCAGCUGUGCAGCUGUGGGGGGGUUCGUGAGCCACUGCGGGUGGAAUUCUGUGCUGGAGAGCGUGUGCGCGGGGGUGCCAAUGGCAGCAUGGCCCAUUUAUGCAGAGCAGGCAAUGAACGCAUUUCUGAUGGUGGGGGAGAUGGGGCUGGCGGUUGCGGUCGAGAGGGGAGACGACGGAUUCGUGAAGGCCGAGGAGGUGGCUCGGUGUGUGCGGGAGCUCAUGGAGUCGGAGGUCGGGAAGCGGAUCAGGGAGCGGAUGGCGGCCGUUAAGGACAGUGCGGCCCGGGCGCUUAGAGUGGGUGGAUCCUCCCUUAAGAACCUCGAGGCUAUGGUCAAUGCCGGAAAACACCUCCCCUCCUCCUUAGAAACAGAAGCCUGAGGUGGAAAUUGGACCUUGGACGUAACCGUACAAGAAACGCUGACCAACUAAAUUUGAGCACUCGAGAUAAUAUAAUUUUUUUUUUUUAAUUUAUAUCUCUCUCAAUUAGAAAUUAUGUUUAUGGUUGGAAGUUGAGUAUAUGGAAAAUUUAAAUCUUGGAAGUUUUUAAUGAAAUGUCAUUUAAAUCUUG